AUGACGUCGUCAAAAAAGAGAAAGUUACUCCGUCCGUCCUUCGAAACUAAGGAUGAUUCGGUUUUCCGUCCACAACCACCAACCACCGCUCCGCCGCCACCUAUUUUCACUCCGGCCGCUAAACCUAGUGUUUCUUCCACUGCUCUGCCUCCGCCGCCUCCUAUUUUCACUCCGGCCGCUAAACCUAGUGCUUCUUCCACUGCUAUGCCUCCGCCUAUUUCCACUCCGGCCGCUAAACCUAGUGCUUCUGCCACCGCCCUGCCUCCGCCACCGCCUAAUUCCACUCUGACCGCUAAACCUAGUGCUUCUUCCACUGCUCUGCCUCUGCCGCCGCCUAUUACCACUGCUGCUGUCCAAGUAGUCCACCGCAUUGAAGAAAACGUAAGAACUGUGAGUAUUGAAGUUUCCUGCCCUUGUGGAAGGAAAUAUUUUCAUGAGGAAAAAUGA